CGACAGAAAAAAUGGCGAUGCUCCUCGAAGCAAGGCCAUAUCGACCCUUCAAGUCGAGUGAAGAAUACUUGGAAGCCAUGAAGGAAGAUUUGGCCGAAUGGAUGAACACAUUAUAUCCCGAAUUGGCAAUAAAUGCAGAAAACUUUAUGGAUCGUUUGGACACAGGUGUAGCAUUGUGCAAGCACGCUAACUAUGUACGCCAAGCAGCUGAGGAUUAUUUGGCUCGACGUCAGGCACGCAACAAAUCAAUGACGCGUUCAAUAACUUCAGGCUCGGCUGGGCCAAUAUUGGCCAUGGGCAAUGUACACUAUUUGGUUGGAGCUAAAAGCGGUACAUUCUUUGCCCGUGAUAAUGUAUCAAAUUUCAUAACAUGGUGCAGAAAAAGCCUUAAAAUUAUAGAGUGCCUCUUAUUCGAAACAGACGACCUCAUUAUGAGAAAAAACGAAAAACAUGUCAUUUUAUGCCUUUUAGAAGUUGCCCGGAGAGGAGCGAAAUUUGGUAUGUUAGCUCCAAUGUUGGUACAAAUGGAACGACAAAUUGAUCGAGAGAUUGCCGCCGACAAUAAAGCCAACGGCAUUGGCUGUGGCACCCAAACCGAAUGUGAUGGUACACAAACUGAAUUUGGCGUGGGAACUGAAACUGUCGGUACCGAAACUGACAUUUUCGACGAUAGUGACAGUGAAAAUGAAGAUGAUGACGAUCAAGGUCCCAUGUUAAUGUACGGCCCACAACCACAAAUUAUUACAAACGAUUUGAAGAGUCUCGAUGAGAUGGUUCGUGAUUUGGUCGAAAAAUGUACCUGUCCAUCACAGUUCCCCAUGGUUCGUGUAUCCGAGGGUAAAUAUCGCAUUGGCGAUACAAAGGUUUUAAUAUUUGUACGGAUCUUACGUUCACACGUUAUGGUGCGUGUUGGCGGCGGUUGGGAUACACUCUCACACUAUUUGGAUAAACAUGAUCCUUGCCGUUGUAAGGCACAACAUCGUUCAUCGGUGGCCGCACGUUUAAUACCGCGAGCCAAUCAGCAAACAAAUGGCAUUGAGCUGCAUAAAGCUCAGGUGAUAUUCGAAAGAUCACCACCAACAGCACGCAAAAGUAUUUCCAAUCACAACAAUACGGCCACAGUAAACAACGUUAAUACCUCAUUAGCCAGCAGCAACAACAAUCACUCAACUUCUUCGUCGUCUUUGCUUGCACCCGUUUAUGGAGGUCUCAAUAAAAAUCGUAGCCCUAGUCCAACUAUACAACAACGUAAAUUCUAUACAUCACCACAACAUCAAGAGAUUGCUGCUGCAGCCAGUAAUAACUCCGCCUCAUCGUUGACAUCACCCAGUGUUGUACGCCGUUCUAUGUCACCCAGUCCUAGGCGCCUAAUUGAUAUGCGUAAAAAACAAACUUCAUUGGAUUCAUAUACUAAUGGACCGAAAUCUUUACCCAUUACUGUCGAACAUGAUGGCAGUAGUGGUCAUGUUCAAUACGACUCUUUUGAUCAGACGUCUUCGUCGACGGGUCAUGGUCAUGGCGGUAAUCCAAAUGCCUCGGACGCAAGUGCAAAUAGUAAUAAAUUUGAAAAUAUUAGCGAUAAUGGAAGUGAAAUCAGUGAUGAAGGAUAUCGCAGUUUGGGUGUCAUCCAAUCGAAUGCCCAAAAGCGCGAAUCCAUACAUAGCCAAGCAUCAAUUGAUGACGCAGAAAAUAAUGUGCGUCACGAUCAAACAUCAAGUGAUUCUCAAUUUUCGCCCAGUGAAGAUAAUACCAAUACAUCACAAAAAACACCAGAAACUAUGGACAAUAGCUAUACAACACAAAAUGAUGAUGAUUUACAGCAACAUCACCAUCAUCAUGACCUCGACAAUGGCCCACAAUCAUUGCCAGCAAUUUUAAAUGCCGAAAACAUUCAGGUGGCCUCUAAUAAAUUUGAACAAUCUGGCAUCUACAUUACCGACGAAGAGAUUACCGUCGACAUCUCCAGUAAUACUGGCCUCAAGAAGACCGGUUUUUCCAAUAAGAUUUUCGGUGGUGAAGACGCUACCGAUUCGACCAAAACAGCUUCCAAUAAGAAUUUGGCUAGCAAUAAAAGUAAAAUUCCAUAUUCACCCAUGGCAACACCACAACGUCGUCGUAGCAUUGAUAACAGUACCUGUAAUACUACGGGUAGCCUACAGGAUUUACAUUCACGUACAGGUUUGCCAGUUAUGAGUAGGGCCAAACCGGUCUAUAGAUCAAUGAGAAAACCACCAACUGCAGUGAGUGCUAUUAGUGAAGCUAGGAAGAGUAAAUCGCCAGCACCUGCGGCCCCAAGCACUCCCAAGAACAUUAACAACACAUGGAGUGGUAGAAAUGCCCUUACUGGAGGUGGUCGCAAACGUCCCACUCUUUCAAGUGAUACAUUUACACCCAAUACUGGUAGCUCCACCGCAGCAGCAGGAGCAUCACCUUUUGAACGUAAUUCAAAAACUCGAUCAUCACACAUCAUUUAUGAUAGCAAUGGUCGUCGUGUUAAAGGCUGUACAGCGUCCUUGACAACAUCACCAACUAAAAAUCAUGCCAAUUCUCCAUUGGCCCAACAAUUGCUGGAAGCUGCCAGUUCGGCGAAAAAUGAUGCACAAAUUCUCGAAAAAAUGAAAACUCUGUUGCUACAAUAUUCGACCAGUAAUACCAAAUUGCAGGCAGGUGCAGCCCGACCACAAACGGCAAAGAAACAACCAGUAUAUGAUGAUUUUACAAGUGCCUGGGUUCAUAGUAAUGGUAAUUUGGAACGUUCGGCAAGUUGUUCACCACCCACAAAGGCACCAUCAAAACGUAGCUCCGCUGCCUCAUCAUGUGAAAGUAAUGCAUCGCGUGAUAUGUCGGUAAUUGUAUCGCCAAGACGUGAACGUGGCAUGUCCAAGAUUCCAGCGCCAGUACGCCAACAUACUGAACUUUACUAACAUAAACUAAUGUCACCACAAAUUCGUCGAAUUGUGGGUAUUCCGAAAUUGCCUAGAAAACCUUAGCAUUUAAGACAACAGCAUCA